AUGAACGAUAUUAUGAUCAUCCAUACAUCGUAUGGAAAAUCUGAAAUUGUUGUCGAUAUUCCUAGCAAUUCUGAAAUCGAGAAGGACCAGUCGGGAGUUUCGGUUCAAACUUAUCCAAAACUUGAAGCUGCAGCCUGCGAGGCCAGGGACCAGCAGCCAUUGUUCGUUGUUUUGGAAGUCGCCCGCCUAGACUUCAACGACCACCAAUUGCGCUACCCGUCUUUCACUCUGACCACGACUGAGAGCCUCAUCGAUACCUUCAACAUCGUAAAAAGUACCAAAAUACGACGCGCAAUGCUUGACUCAUCGCCCGUGGCACUUCCACCGACGCGCCGGCCGCUCAAACGAUCAGCAUCGACUGCUUCACUCCCAACACCCCCGCGAACGCAUCGCAAGUUUGCGCGCGGCCGGUCGAGGGGAUCGUGCGACAGCGAUAGCGACGAUCAUGCUGUACUCUCAAGCGAUGAAGAGGAGAUAGUUAGGCACAAGAAACGGAGGACGGGGAAGGAAGCAGAGGCAGACGAAGAAGCGUUCUGGCUCGGUGGAGCAUCGGAUUCCAAGACCUCUGAGACUGGCACGGCGAGCGACGCGAAGAAAGACGCGGCCUCGAGCUCCAAGUCGCAGGCUGCACCGUUGCUCUACCGACGCAGCCAGCCUCAGCAGAGCAAGGCGGAUGUGGCACCCGUUUCGCCUCCCCCGUCCCGCAGGAAGACCGCUGUCACGUCGUCCAAGCUCACGCUGGUGGCCCAGGACAGCUCUGCCACCGUUUCUCCUCCUAGCACCCCCAGGACGCGUUUGGCCGUCAAGCGCGCGUCUGCAGCUCUUCGGGACUCCCCGGACAACCCCUUCCUGGCCACCCCAGAGAAUCACGUCGAAGACAGCGCUACACCGAGUCCCAAUGCAAGCAGUGCCAAUCCUAGCCCACGUACACCGGUUUACGAGAAGCCCACCAUCACUUACGUUUUCCGUGGUGUUCGACGCGUCUACCAGAACCCGCUAUACAACCAUGCCAAAGACAGGCCCUAUUCCCCUCCGCCUGCAUCCAAAUUGCCUAUAGAUGACCCAGACUUCUCUCCUGCCAUGCAUUGCACCCCCAAGCUUCUCUUCCCAGAGGCACGUCACAAGAAGGGCAAAAAGGUUGCGCCGAAAGCUGCCCCCACCAAGAGCAGGAAGCGUUCACCCUCGCUGAGCGAGGACGACGGUGAUGCCGACGAAGCUGCGGCCAUUCGGCCCACGAAGCUCAACUUUGGCGAACCCUCCAAGACGAAGAGCAAGCAGGGCAGUGCUGAGACCAAUGUGCAGACCUUGGACCUGGAGUUCAAGACUGCUGGAGAACCGCUCUCAGGGUGA